AUGGAUGAAAGGGUCACCAGCCUCAGCACACGGUACCCUCAAGUCUGGGCUGAAGACAACCCACCAGGACUGGCUACGAACCAUGACCCCUUCAUCAUAGACAUGAAGCCUGGAGCAGGGCCAAGGCAGACCCGCCAAUACCCCAUUCCACAGCAGGCAUGACUCGGCAUCACAGAGGUCAUUCAAAAGCACCCAAGGGAGCAGAUACUCAUCCCUUGCCAACCCCCUUGGAACACUCCACUGCUCCCGGUAAAGAAGCCAGACAGGACAGGAUACAGACCGGUCCAGGACCUGCAAGCCGUAAACGAGGCACCAGUCACCCUGCAUCCUGUAGUCCUGAACCCGUACACCCUGCUCAGCCAGCUUCCUCCAGAAGCCGCCUGGUUUACCUGCUUAGACUUAAAGGACACCUUCUUCUGUCUCCGACUGGCCAAAGAAAGCCAACCCCUCUUUGCCUUGGAAUGGGAGGAACCCCACUCGAUGGCUAAGGUUCAACUAACCUGGACUAGGCUGCCCCAGGGAUUUAAGAACUCCCCCAUCCUCUUCAGGGAGGCCCUGGGGUGGGACCUGAGGUCAUUUAUAGACAGCGAGGCUGACCUAACCUUGCUACAGUACGUAGAUGACCUCUUAUUGGCGGCAACCACCAAGGACCACUGUUGGGAAGGAACUUGCCAACUGUUAGAACUCCUGACUCAGGCGGGAUAUCGGGUCUCAUGGAGGAAGGCCCAAAUCUGUCAGCCCCAGGUGAAAUACUUAGGGUUCUUAGUCUCUCAGGGAAAACGGACCCUAAGACAAGAAAGAAAACAAGUGAUCCAAGUCUUACCCGUCCCUACCACCAAGGGAAGGCUGCGCGAAUUCUUGGGGGAGGCUGGAUUCUGUCGCAUUUGGAUUCCCGGGCAUGCCGCCUUAGCGAAGCCGCUAUAUCAGGCGUUGAAGGGCCCAGACACAGCCCCUUUCCUAUGGGAAGCAGAGCAAGAACGCGCCUUCCAGGCCAUCAAGGAUCACCUCUGCCUGGCCCCUGCUCUGGGCCUGCUGGAUCCAAGUCGUCCUUUCAAACUGUAUAAGCACGAAAGGGAGAAAACAGCUCUAGGACCUGGUAGGACCAUGGCAGAGGCCAGUAGCCUACCUCUCCAAGCAGCUGGACAACGUAGCCGCCGCAUGGCCCCCGUGCCUGGCCACCAGAAGGAAGAGACCGCAGUGGCCAGGGGCAAUUGGCGGGCAGAUCAAGCAGCCAAAGUAGCGGCCCAGACCAAGAGUACCCUUGCCGAUGUCUGGGCCCUACAGGGGGCCUUACUGGACCUCAGCCCUACACAAUCAGAUUACACUCCCGAGGAACAAAAAUGGGCGAUACAGGCAGGGUGUUCCCAGACUGCGACCGGUAUUUGGGAACUGCUGGAUGGACGGCUCUAUGUACCUCAGACCCAGGCGAGUAACUUAGUAAGGCAGUGCCACGCCCUGACUCACCCGGGGAAGACGUCUCUGGAGGCUUUGCUUAAGAAGUAUUACUACUUCCCUAACCUGGCCAGCAUAUGUACCACGAUUGUGGCCCGAUGCAUAACUUGCGCCCCGAAUAAUGCUGCCCCUCACCUGCAGAGGUUCAUCGGCGCACAGCACAGGGGGCAACAGCCCUUCGAAGAUCUGCAAGUUGAUUUUACUGAGGUCAAAGCGAGACGAGGUUAUAAAUACCUGCAAGUCCUAGUUUGCACUUUCUCGGGGUGGGUAGAAGCUUACCCCACCCGGAUUGAGAAAAGCCCGGAGGUAGUCAAGGCUCUCCUAUGGGAAAUAAUCCCCCGUUUUGGGCUGCCGAUGUCCAUAGGUAGCGAUAAUGGGCUGGCUUUUGUCACCAAAGUCAUUCAAAACCUAGCAAAGCAACUGAGGAUAACCUGGAAGCUGCACGCUGCAUAUCGGCCUCAGAGUUCAGGGAAGGUAGAACGAAUUAAUCAAACCCUGAAGGAAACUCUGGCGAAAUUCCACCAAGAAACCAACCUGCCCUGGCCUGAUUUGCCUCCCUUAGUGCUAUUUAGGGUCCGGAACGCCCCUAACUCCAUGGGUUAUACACCUUUUGAACUGGUGUACGGAAGGCCGCCAGUGGUCCUACCCAUCCCGAGAGGGGAGCUUCGGAUUGCAGGAACGGCAGCCUGGGUCCACUACACCCGGGUUAAGGGAGCAGCGGAUCGCGAGGCCAACGAAGAUUCUGAGGACCAAUCCCGACUGCGGCUGCCCCCACUGAAACUGAGGAAGGGACCAACCCGUGGAUGGGCCGUUGUCCAGAAUGGUGACUCGCAGCCGCAGGACUCCUUGCCACCAUCUUCGGAAUAG